CCCCCUUUAAGGUCCAGACAAGAGAGUAAGGGACGCAACUCGCCACUAGUAGACACCAGCCAUCAAGCGUAUCCAUCGUAUUCCAUUUCUUCCGUACUUGUUACAAUGGUUCACAUGAAGGCUGCCCUGGCUAUGGCCGUGAUGACAGUUCUAUUGGUGUUGGAGACGUCUGCCAUCCCUAUCUUCCACCGCAGUUAUUCUGCGCCCAGACUACACGUGCAUGCCCCAGUAACAGGCGCUGAUAUCCAACUGUCCCGAGGCAACUAUCUUCCGUUCAUCAACCGCGGCAUACCGCCCUCGGACAGCUACUACGUCACAGACGACUUCAACCUUGGACUUGGUGGUGGUAUUCCCGUGGGCGGGCCGGUCAUCGCCUACCACAACGACAUUGGUCCCCUGUACAAGUACGACAAGCCCGAUGUGGACCUUAAAUACUAUGGUAGAGAUGUCUAUUAAAAUCUUCAAAUUCUAACAUCGCCAUAAAAAAAUUUGGAUGCAGGCAUCCAAAAUGAAAAAAAAAAAAUUACUCUUCAUUUCGUGAACUUCUUCAUGACAUCAUCUUAAAUUUGAAGGCUACAUUCUGACGUUGUACACAAGUAGCCAUAGCAACAGCAAAUGUUAUCUUUGUGACGUCAAGAUCAAGGGGCGGUAUAAAUACUCUGUAUAGUUAUUGAAUCGAUGCAAAUGUUACUGUGGGGAACACAAUAAAGGGCCUUUUAUUUUAUA